AUGUUUUAUUUAGAUACUCACAACAUAUUAUAUCUUGGUAGUUGUUUACUUGCAUCAGUAUGUACUUUAUGCAUAUGUAGAAACCGUGAGUUAUUUCCUCACAUUAGUGAAAAUAAGCCUAUAGGCCAAUUAUAUCGUCUUAUGAAUAUUCAUAAAUAUGAAUCAUUCAGUAUUAUAAUUCAAAUUCAUCAUUUAAAUUUAAAGUUUGGUGACGAUGAUAAUGCUAAGUUUAUAGUUCACUUAAAAAUAGGAAACAGAUAUGCCUAUACACACUACCACAAACAAUAUCAGAACAAAGUACACAUAGAGGAAAGAAAAAAUAUGGUUGUAAAACAAAACAACAAUACUCUUAGACUAGAGGUUUAUAAAAAAGGGACUUUAAAAAAUACUUUUUUUGGAUCAGCUGAAAUUCAUAUAUAUAGUGAAAUAGUAAAGAAAUUAUUUCCUUGCAAUGUUUAUUUUAAUAUCACUAAUAAAAAUCAAAUUGUUGGUACAGCAUGUUUAUCAUUCCACUAUAUUAAUUUAGAUUGUAUAAAAAAAGAUGACCAGAUAUAUACUUCUCUUUUUAUUGAAACAAUUAUAUCCGUUCAAAAAAAUCAAACAAAAAAUAAUGAAAAAAUUGAAAAACUUAUAGAUGAGGGGAAAGAGCAUUUUGAGGCCAUCAAAGAAACGGACCUUAGCACAACCAUAUAUAAAAACAUAUCAAAUUUGGUUCUUGAAGAUAAAAUUCGUUUGUUCUGCAAAAAUUUAAAUGGUUAUUUGCUUCACAGUAAUUUUUAUAUAAAACGAUUUUAUAACAAGUAUUACUUUUACUUGCAUUUUUUUAAAGGCAAAUUUUACUGGUGUUAUUAUAACGAAGAAGCUGAUGCAAAGAUGGAUAAAAACAGAGUUGGUUACGUGAGAUUAGAAUAUGUAGCUAACGUAUAUAGUGACGUGUACAGCCAUAAAUACUUUUAUAUAAAAUAUAGGAAAAAAAACGAAAGAAAAGAAAAUUAUUUAUAUUUAAAAACUAUAGAUAAAGAUAGGAAUAUAUGGGUAAAUAUUAUUCAUGAUUUUAUUAUAUUAGUAAGUAACUACAAACGUGAAAGAAAAAAUAAAAAAUAUAAAAUUAAAGAAUUUAAAGAUAAUUUAAUAGAAGACACUCCUAAGGAAAUUUUAGAAAUUAAUAAAACCUUAUCUCGUUCUUUAUCAAACAAUUCUAUGAAAAAUAAAUAUUUAGAUAAGAAAAAAAAAGUAGAAGUUUUAAGUGAUAUGGAUAAUGAAGAAAAUUAUAUGAACUCAGGAGAUUUAGGUCCAGUAUUUAAAGAUAUGAGCAAAAAUAUGUACAACUAUAGUGAUUAG